AUGGCAGGUGCAUCUGUGAUAAAGACCCACAUUCUGUUCCUCAUCUCACCAUCACUCCAAAAAAACAAAUAUAUGAUCGUCUCUCUGACCACUAAACUAGAUGACGAUGAUGACGACGACGACGACGGUAUUGGUCUCUAUAAACCACCGUUACCUACAAAAUCGGAUGGCGAAGAUGACAACAACAAUGAUGAUGAUGAUGAUGAUGAUGAUGAUGAUGACAAGCAUGUAAAUGCUAUGCUGGAAAUACUUGCUUUACAGAAUGAAGUCAAUAACAUGAAAGGCAAUGAUGAUGAUGAUGAUGGUGAUGACAUAAGCAAUUUUAUAUCAAAUCUUCAGGAAACAAUUAAAAAUAAUGAUCAUGAUAGUACUGAUGAUACCAAUAAUGACAAGGAUAAUCUUGUGCCAGAACCUUCGCAGCAAAUGGGGAAUGCGAUCAUCCAGGUGGACCCCGGAGGAGUGUUUGUAGGCGUGGACCACGUGGUCGUCCACAAUGAAGCGGAAAUGCAAGUUAGCUUGGAGUGGACUACAAGAAAACAAGCUGUGACAGAAGUCAGUUUAAUGCAGCUGGCUGCAAGGGCUUCCAAGAAAAAGAACCAUGAGAACAGACUGAAAACUAUUAAGAAAAAAAGCAUGAAGCAGGAGACUACACGUUACAAAGAACUUCUUAGGGCAUAUAGCUAUUGGAACUCUAUCCGUCACAACCUCUCAAUGAACCAAAACUUUGUGAAGGUUCAGAGACCAGAUGGAUUCCAAACAAAGAAAGGAUUCUUUUGGGCCAUUAAUCCUGAUAGACAGCACCUGUUAGACAUUGAGAUUGAGAGGGCAUUGAAAACAAUGGAAGAUGAUGAUGAUGACAUGUGUGCUGUUGGUGAACCUGGGUAUAUGAAAGAUGAUGAUGAUGACAUAUUUGCUGUUGAAGUAGAUGGUGAACCUGGGUCUAUGAAAGAUGAUGAUGAGACAUAUUGCUGUUGA